CGGACCAUGACAUGGUUCUAAAUAGGGCCUACCAGAAAAUACAUAAGACACGAGACUAUUAGUAACUUACAACUCAAAAUAGUAGGGCCUACGAAUAAAAGAAGAAAAAAAUGCCUGAAGUCUAUUUGUUAAUCCUACUGUUUCUCAUAUUUAUUAUCUGCAUUGCGGUCCUCGCACGUUUACUGUGUUGUUGUAAACGAAAUCCAAAUGAGAUAAAAGAGGAUGUUGAAAAAGGUCAAACUGAGCCUUUUCUUUUGUCUAUAUAUGAAAAUGAAGAGAAGAGCGGAGAAGAUAAUUCAGUGGAGGAGUUGAUAUUUGAGAACCUGCUUGUCGACAAAAAGGUAGAAGAGGUUCAGCCUGUUGAAAAUUUUAUUCAACAACCAAGUCCACUGUUGGAGGAGCUGAUUUAUUAUUACGAUACACAUGUGAAGAUCCCGGCUCCUAAGCAAAAUAGGGCUAGUGAGGUUGUUGACAAAAUUAAAAGUAAUCUCCAGUUAUUUAUGGAGGAUUCUGAGACUUUCGUUUUUGGUGACAUUAUGUGUCAAGGCAGUAGCUAUGAAGGACUGAAAGUUAUUAAACCAAACGAGUUUGACCUCUUACUGCCACUGAUAUUAAAAAAUAGCGAGUGGAGGUACAAUAAAGUUGAAAAUGGAUAUGUUUUCAUUAAAAAAUUACAAAGAAGUCAUGAUACUAUGACUCCAUAUGAUAAGGUCAUUGUCAAUUAUGUCUACUUGAGUCCUAUCGAUAUAAGACGAAAUAUGCAAUCGAUUUUACAUAAAGUACUAGAAAAGAUCAGGCGUUCCUGCAAUGUCCAUGUUACUCUACGAGAAAAUGGCCCUGCGCUGACUCUUCAAGUGCGGUAUGAUAACUCAUGUGAAAUGAGCAUUGAUAUUGUUCCAUCCAUUAGCAUGAGGGGUAAGUUGUUUGUUGCAAAGCGACAUCCUGAAAGUGACUUGUAUCAGUGCAGAACUGACGACAACAAGUACAACAACCUCUGGCGUGUGAGUUUUUCAAAAGAGGAAAAAUUGAUUAUAAAAGAAAUGGAUGAAAACGACGAAUGUCUUCAGGCUUUGAAGAUCCUUAAGACAAUUCGUGUGAGGAAAGGGAAGUCCUCUCCGCUAAAUAAGCUGUCGUCGUAUCACCUCAAAACCUGUAUGCUGCAUCUUAAUGCCGAUAGAAGUAUUGAGUCCAGGCACCAGGACAAGCUCGACAAUUGUUUUAAGGAUCUUUUGCGGAAACUGAUUGAGUUCCUAGAAGACGAAAAAAUGCCAAGCUUCCACGAUCAUCACCCGAUACACCAGCUGUCUCGCUCUACGGAGCCAAAACUCCUGGAAGUUUUGGCUCUGUAA